GCCGUAGUGCGUUCCGAAGCGUUUAGCCGGCUAGCUAGCAGUAGAUGUAGUUUUUGAAAUGCACCAGAAGCCAUGUAACAAUUAUUUCUAAGAUAUCUGCAAUGAAGUUGGCAAUACUAAGAUUUUUUUCAAACUUGACUGUUAAAUGGUCGACGUGCUAAAAUUAGCACGUUAGCAGCGGGACUGUCAUGACGGAGGCAGAGGAGCUGCGGCCCGUUCCCCGGGAGCGGGCCAUCCUGGAGAGCUUCUUCACCCAGCUGGGCCUGUUUUCUUUCGACAGGGCCAAAGACUACGUGGAGAAGGAGAAGGACAACAGCAAGAGCGCCGGGGCCCCCUGGCCUGCCCUGCUGGCCGCCCUGGCUCACCUGUCCGCAGCAGAGAAGGCGUACCAUAACAUGACAUUCCUCGGACAGAAAAUGGGUGGUCAGUCUUUCUUCAGCCGCAAGGACUCCAUCCGCACCAUCUACACGUCCCUGUACAAUGAGUUAAAGAAAGUGGUGGUGAUGGGUCGCCAUGGGCAACCAGGCUCCGCCUCCUACCUGGAGGACCUGCUGUCGCACCUGUCGGAACAGCUCUGCCACUUUACCCAGGCCCGCAUGGAGAUGGCCGACCUGUAUGAAAAAAUGCACUCACUGGGCAGCCAGAAGAACAUCAACUCAGAUGAGCUGGCCACCACGCUGGAGGCCGUCCUGCAGAAAUACAGCUCCAAAUUCCACCACCCCAUCCUGGGCCGUGUGGAGGAGGGAUUCCAGACUGAGGUAGAUGUAGUGACCCAGUUACUUCGCUGCCAAGCCCAAGUGUCUGAGUGGCAUUUCCUGCCUGCUCUGCUCAGCCUGCACGGUGCCAACUCAAAGCUUAUUGCCUGGGGUCAGCUCUUCCAGCGGCAGAGAGAGACCCGCAAGCAUCUGUUUGGAGGUCAGUCCCAGAAAGCAGUGCAGCCUCCACACCUGUACACGUGGCUGCAGCGCUUCCAGGCGGUGCUUCUCGCAAAGUUUAGCUUCUACUUCCAUGAAGCCCUGAGCAGGCAGACAACCCCGACGGACAUGAGAGCUCUAACAGCCCGUACCACACCAGACUACCACGGCAAGAUCUGCUCCUUCAUCCGCAAGCACGACGUCAACAACGUGUCUCUAGUGUUUGACAACCGUGGCUCAGAAAGCUUCCAGGGUCACGGCUACCACCACCCACACUCUUACAGAGAAGCACCAAAGGGGGUAGAGCAGUUCCCUGCAGUGGUGUCGCUGCCAACCGGCGAGCGGCCGCUCACACACUGGCCAAAUGUCAUCAUGAUGAUGGGCGACCGCGCAGCUGAACUCAACACACUGGACAAGGUGGUCCACUUCUAUGAUGACAAAGUCCAAAGCACCUACUACUUGACAAGGCCCGAGCCACACUUCACACUGGUGGUCAUCUUCGACGGCCGGAAGUCGGAGAAAGAGUUGCACAUUGCAGCCUUCCUGCAGGAGAUCUCAGGCUCGCUGCGGAACUCCAAACCAUUCAGCACCCUCAAACCUGGAUCAAAGGGCUGAGCUUCACCAGAGCCGCACACACCUUGAAUGGUUGGAGAUGGAAGUAAAGAACCGCAGCUAACAUGAAAGCGCUCAGUUCUAAUGCUUUUUUACUUAUGAGUUACUGUUUCACAGGCUCUUUAGAAAACAGUUUUCUGUUAUGAAGCAUACUGUAUAUGUCCAAAAUCUGCUCUUUGACUAUGACUGAUGCUCUACACUGCUGCAACCGCUCUAUUUAAAAUUAAAGUAUUUUGCAUCUGU